AAGGUCCAGAUGAUCUUCGACCAACCAAGAUGCAAUUGCGUGUAUGUGUGCACCGCGGUUUCCUUGCUUUUGUAAACUGCACUUUAAGCGACGAAGUUGCAGAAUAAUUUGAAUACUAUGAUGCCGAAAAUACAUCGAUCGUAAACUGUGUUCGUAUGUCUCGCGUAGACAUUAUUCAGUAAUUUGUUUGUUUGAUUAUUGUCGUGCAAGGGAGACGGUUGCGGUAUUAUUCAUAAUUAAAUAUUAAGAGAUACAUCGUGGUAGCGUCAAGAAAUAUGGAAUAACGUUGAGAGUUGUGGUUAUGGGACGGUCGUCAAGAGUCGAUGAAUUGUAAACGAAGAAUAAUAAGAAUCGAUCAGGAAGACUGCAAGAAUAUGACGUUUUGGGAAAGCUACCUAUGAGAGAAGUGUACGUAUUCGAAUGAUUGAGUGGAUAGUAUUGAUUUUAAUCCUGCUUCGCGAUUCGUAUCUGAGCGUUAAGAGUUGUUUGUAUGAAUAGAACGUUCGUAUAUCCCGCGUGUUGCGGUUUAGUAUCAGCCACGGCCAGCAGAUGGCGCGAGCGCUUUCGCAUCGGUCGAACAGACGGGAGUUUCUAGGCCCCUGUACGUAAUCGCGUGUCCACGCACGGUGAACGCUAGCACUCGUUUGCUAGACGGCCGGCUAGCAAAACGAGUCGAUUUCUCUCCUGGUGCGCGAUAUCGCGGUAAACGACGGUGGAGACGUUGCUCGUCGAGGGACUCGAGAUUAUCAUUGCGGGCGCCGGUGUGGAAAGGGUAGCCCGGUGGUAGAAUCGCAACGAAACGACGGCGGCAGCGGCGGCGGCAUUGUCCUGCUUGUUUUGUUGUCUCGCGUGAAACGCACAGGUGGAACAGAGAAGAAGCUAUCGCGUUGUCGAGGGACCGAAGAGUGACGGAGGAGAGGCGAGACGGUGUGUGUACGGACUGGCUCAUGACUGGUCGUUCGCCGUGUACACGACGUGCGCAUAGGUGUACCCGUAAAAGAAGACAACUCGAGGAAACGGGAGGCGAGCAUAAAAGGUAGAAAGAAAGAGGGAACACGGGUCGGGCGAAAACGAGAACCGUCUCGCCAAGGAAAAGAGAGCGACAGGAACGGUCCGCGAGAUAGAUAGACGAGACAAGGAGGACGGAAAAAGGUGGGAGCGAAAGGGAAAGACGGAAAUAAAGAACGAAAGGUAUAAGCCCCCGGUGGUACGACAGGACACGAGGAGGGAAAGACGAGGGAAGGCACCGCACGAAAGCGCGUUAGAUCAGUACCGCCGUGAUCCAAAAUGGCGCUGAACCAGGACGUGGACCAGUUGUCGAAGAGCAACCUCGUAGUGAGGAUCGAUCAGAACUCGGAAUCGGAUCUACAGGCGCUCUUCGACAGCGUCCUGAAGCCAGACUCGAAGCGUCCGCUGCAAGUCCCGCUGCGCAUGCGCAAUCUACCAGAUUCCUUCUUCAAUCCACCGUCCACGGGUAGCAAGAGUCCCUCGAUCUCGCAUUCACGAGAGAAUUCGGCGGAUUCGGCGUUCGGGACAGCGGCAGUCGCCACCGGUGCCGCCCCACCUGGUGGAAACACCACCGGUACACAGGCCACCGGGAAUGCCUCCGCCACCGGUGCAAGUGGUAACAGCGGUGGUAGCGGUACGAACGCCGCAGGUGCGGCUGCGGCCGCAGUGGCCGCCGCUGCCGCUGCUGGCCUCACCGUCGCUCAUCCUCGCGCCCACAGCAGCCCGGCCUCGCUUCAGCAGACGUACGCGUCCGCUCAGCAGGCGCCUCAGCACGCGCCCCAGCCGCACGCGCGUCACCACCAUCACCAGAAGCAACGCAGCUACGACGUCAUCAGUACGGUCGACGACCUGGGUCCCCUGCCGCACGGAUGGGAACAGGCGCGCACCCCCGAGGGACAGAUCUACUUCCUCAACCACCUGACGCGAACCACGACAUGGGAGGACCCGCGGAAAACAGCGGCCGCCGCGAACGUGGCGGCCGUGGCUGCCGCCGUCGACAACGGCAAGUCCACCAGCGGGGCGACCAAUUCCCUGGGCCCCUUGCCCGAUGGAUGGGAACAGGCGCGCACCCCCGAAGGAGAAAUCUACUUCAUCAAUCAUCAGACACGCACCACCUCGUGGUUCGAUCCGAGAAUCCCGUCCCAUCUUCAGAGGGCCCCGACUUCAGGCGCCAUGCUACCGCAGAAUUGGCUCCAGCAACCCACAGGUGGCGGUAUUCAGAGUAAUCAAACGUUGCAAGCGUGUCAACAGAAGCUUCGUCUCCAGUCGCUACAGAUGGAACGCGAACGUCUCAAACAACGGCAACAGGAAAUCAUGCGUCAGCAAGAACUGAUGCUCCGACAGAGCACCACAGACGCUGCCAUGGAUCCGUUCCUAUCGGGAAUCAACGAGCAACACGCGCGCCAGGAAAGCGCUGACAGCGGUUUGGGUCUCGGUUCUGCUUACUCAUUGCCCCACACCCCGGAAGAUUUCCUCGCGAACAUUGACGACAACAUGGACGGUACUAGCGGUGAGAUAUCCUCGCAGAUGGAGGCGCACCCAUGGAGACCCCAGAUCUUUCUACUCUGAGCGACAAUAUCGAUUCGACCGACGAUCUCGUCCCGUCGUUACAGUUCUCAUGAUCUUCCUUCCAGUUGAGCGAAGACUUCAGUAGCGACAUCUUGGACGACGUGCAAUCGCUCAUAAAUCCCAAUCCGACGAAACCUGAAAACGUGCUGACGUGGCUGUAGUGUGGAGGUGUGAGAAUUGUCUAUGACAGGCAAGCAAUUUAAGAAAUCGACUCGAUACAAAACAAAAGAAAAAAAAAUUGCAAUUUUAAUACGUUUAAACCGAAUGGAACGAUUCCACGCGAUCCUACCAAGUAAAGUAACGACUAUUCCAUAACACACACACACACACACACACACACACACACACACA